CCUGCUCCGAAAAGUUCUCAACACCGACGCAUCGCAGCGGCCGCCAUGAGCAAGUUCGGGACGCUGGUUAUGGGACCUGCCGGGGCUGGCAAGUCCACCUUCUGCACCGCCCUCAUCCAGCACCUCCAGAGCAACAAGCGCCCAUGCUUCUACGUCAACCUCGACCCCGCCGCCGAAGACUUCUCCUUCGAGCCCGAUCUCGACAUCAAGGACCUGAUAAGCCUCGAAGAUGUCAUGGAAGAGAUGAGCCUGGGCCCGAAUGGCGGCCUGAUAUACUGCUUCGAGUUCCUGAUGGAGAAUCUCGACUUCCUGACCGAUCCGCUGGAAGAAGUCACCGACGAGUACCUGAUCAUCUUCGAUAUGCCCGGGCAGAUCGAGCUGUAUACCCACGUUCCGAUCCUCCCAGACCUUGUGCGAACGCUCAUGCGCGGGUCGCUGAACAUCAACAUGUGCGCCGCAUACCUGCUCGAGGCUACCUUCGUCAUCGACCGGCCGAAGUUCUUCUCCGGGACGCUGUCCGCGAUGAGCGCUAUGAUGAUGCUGGAGAUGCCGCACGUCAACAUACUGAGUAAAAUGGAUCUUAUAAAAGGACAGGUUGCGAAGCGGGAUCUGAAGCGAUUCGUCAACGCCGACGUGGAACUGCUAGACGACGACCCGUCAAGGAGGAAAGAAGAUGAAGAAGAGGAAAAGAAAGGAUACGAAGAUCCAGCGUCGACAAAGAGCCUCAUGAGCGGAUCAUCCUUCCACAAGCUUAACAAGGCAGUAGCGCAGCUCAUCGACGACUUCAGCAUGGUUUCUUUCCUCAAGCUAGACGUGCAGGACGAGGACAGCGUUGGCGCAGUGCUGAGCUACAUCGACGACGCGAUUCAGUUCCAUGAGGCCCAAGAGCCCAAGGAGCCGAAAGACGAGUAUCUGGAGUCAGUCAUGGAGGGAUAGAGAGCAUCAUGCGUUGCAUUUGCGGAGUUUUGGGUAAGGCUGGUGCUUGUUGCAUUUGUGGGCGUUUUUCGAGUGGCCGCUAUUGGAAUCCACCACAGAAGAAGGCAUCAUGAUACCCACUCUAGGUAAUGAGAGAAAAUACCAUAUGAAUCAAACGGAACCAUAACUAUUAUGACAGCAAUUAGU